AUGGUUGCGAAGUCGUUUUCAAGCCAAAGAGAGCGUUCUCCCUCUCCACCACCUCGCCCAUCACCACCACACACAUCUUCUGCCUCUCCCUCUUCUCACAAUAGUCAAGAAGUUCUAAACCUCAUUCCUCUGUCUACCUUUCUUCCACCACUAUACACUCGUCCUACACCAAACUUCGCUCAAGUACCUCCCCGUCUUCGCACUAAAAUCACUCAUCCACGCCGCUCCAUGCGUGUCCAGUCUGGUAUUGGUACGUCGAAAUCCAUAAACCCUAAACCAUUUUAUUUCAUUAUUUCAGACUCUGAGAGUGAUGAUUCUUCUGAUUCGUGUCCCCCAGUAGCAAAAUCACCAACACAAACUGAACCACAAAGAAACACGAUGCCCACAGUACCAACACCACCACCACAAAUUCCAUCAACAACUACUAACCCUUCGACACCCUCAAAGUCGGCUUUCUCUUCUGAACCUUCGCACUCAACUCCUCCCCAUCAAAAACGGAGAUCGUUAAAUGACAUCGUUUCCCCUUCCACAAACCAAAAAGAACCACUCUCUCAACCAAAACCACCAACUAAACACAUGAGAACCAAAAACACAAUCACUAUUGCUCAAUUUCUUGCUCGCAAAAAUCUCCCAAAUCCUCAGCGAAAGAAAACGCUUGGAGUAGAAAUCAGAUUGACUCCAGACAUUUUGGCCAACAUCCUUCAACUACCAACAGAAGGGCCAUCUGUCUUUGGUGACAACUGGUAUUCGGCUUUGGGUCUUAGAAAGACAGAUGUUUUGGCCGAGUUGUUUGAAGAAAACUCCACACGAUUUUUGGCCACUUAUUUGAAGCCUCUCCCCAAAGUAUUCAACAACAUGUGUCAACAUACUCUGAUUCCACAUCGUGGAAGUCAUGAGUACGUCUCUGAUAAUGACGCCUUGCUCAUUUAUCAUCUGUUAAACUGCAAGAGAUUGAAUUUACCUCAUGUUAUUCUCCAGCACACGAUCUGUGCAGCCCAAAAAUAUUACAAAAAGAAUACUGUGCCUUAUGGCAUGGUCCUGACUAAAAUCUUCAGGCAUUUUGGAGUAUCUCUUGCAUCUGAAAAAUCUUUGAUAAAAAUUUCCAAGUUUUCCACCAAAAAUCUCUCUCAUAUGCGUAACACCGCCUCUGCUCUAACACCUACUCCUCCAUCUUGUCCCACCUCUCUCAAAAGGAAGAGAUCAGCAAGAAGACGACCUUCCACAAAUCCUAUUUCCUUCUCCUCUCCUUCUACUGAUCCUAAGGAAAUCUCAGACAAAACUCCUACACCAGAACGUUCUCCACCUCCUCCAGAACGUUCUCUAGAACAUAUCCCAUCACCUUCCACUCUUCUUGCUCAAACAUCUGGCACGGUCUCUUCACAUAUUCCCUCUUAUUCUCAAACACUUCACUGCCCUACACAUGACUUUAGUACUUUCUUGUCUAAUCCUCUUCUCUCUACCAUGUCUCCACUGUUUGUUUCACCACAGAAAACCAGUUCAUCCAUUUUCGGCAUAAGUCAGUUUUUGAACUUUCCCGCUACUGCUGGCCGCUCUACCUCAUCUGUUGGCCCCCUACCAUCUGUUUCAUCUUCUUUUGCCUCUAUUCCAUCCUUAUCUACCAUGCCUAUUCCUUCCAACACAGUUGUUGCUACCUCUUCUCAACCCUCUGCUCACAUUCCCCCCACUUCCACCUUAGCUGCACCCUCCAACUCUGAUAUCAUGGAUGUUCUCUAG